AUGGCCAAAGGGCGGGGUCUGCUGCAACACGCAGCAAAAGCCGUGAGACAAGAAAAGAAAAAACCAAAGCCAAACACGCCGACACCUACGUCCAACAAGUCCAAGACGAAUGCCAACACUAAAUCAAAGCCGGGGAAACGACCUGGGGCCGGGCCCCCCUCGGCAAAGAAGCAAAAGACGGGCGCAAGCAACGGGAAGCUACAGCAUAACCAAAAACCCACGAUCCCCUUCUCCCCUUCAGACCCGAUCCUUCUCGUCGGCGAGGGCGACCUCUCCUUCGCAGCGUCGCUCAUCACCCACCACCACUGCACCAAUAUCACCGCCACGGUGCUCGAGAAAGACUUCGCCGAGCUCUCCGCCAAAUACCCACACGUCGCCACCAACACGGCCGUCAUCGAGUCCCCCUCCCACCCACACUGUUGUCUCCUCUACGGCAUCGACGCCCGCAAGCUCCCCGCCUUCACGGCCCCCAGCGGCAGCACAAACACACCCGGCACCAACCCCAAACCGAAACACAACCGCCACCACGACCCCUCCUCCACCGGCACCAUGAAACGCAUAAUCUUCAACUUCCCCCACACCGGCGGCAAAUCAACCGACGUCAACCGACAAGUCCGACACAACCAAGAACUCCUCGUCUCCUUCUUCCAGCAGGCCCAACCCUCCCUCGCGCCCCACGGCACCAUCAUCAUAACCCUCUUCGAAGGCGAGCCCUACACGCUCUGGAACAUCCGCGACCUAGCGCGACACGCCGGGUUAACGGUAGAGCGAAGUUUCCGGUUUGUGGCGGGGGUGUACCCGGGGUACGGACAUGCGCGGACGUUGGGGGUGGUGAGGAAUCGGAAGGGGGAGGUGGCGAAGGGGGCUUGGAAGGGGGAGGAGAGGGCGGCGAGGAGUUAUGUUUUUGUUAGGAAGGGGGAGGGGAGUGAGGGGGGGGUUGUUGGGGGGAAGAGGAAGAGGGGUGGUGGUGGUGGGGAGGAGGAGAGUAGUAGGGAGAGUGAGGUGGAUGAGGGGAGUUGGGGGGAUGAGGAUGAGGAUGAGGAUGAGGAUGAGGACGAGGAAGGGGGGGAAGGAGAGGAAGAGAAAGACGAGGUAGAGAAGCAGGUAGAUGCCGAGGAAGACAGAAGCGAUGGAGGCUCGACUGAUGACAACGACCUGGAUGGCUCGACCGACGGAGAGUGA